AUGAUUGUGGCAGUGGAGCAGCAUCAAUACGCUCUAGUUGCUACGGGGUUGCGAGUUCCCGUCGCCUACAGCAGACCUUUCGACCAUCCCCAACCUGUCGUUUUGAUCUCUGCAUCCGAUACGCGCCUCGAAUAUGAGGUAGUUACGGAGCGCAUACAACGAUUUAAAGAGGAGGAUGACGUAUUCAACGAAGGCUUCUUGACCGACAUUCUUCUCGUCGCAAGGAAUUGCGCGUCAAACUUCGAGGGAUUGCACAUAGGUUUGCCAGGCGAUGCCAAUAUCAACGGGCGCCGGUGGCACGUAGGUACCGUUUGUAACGUGAUUGCUUCUGCCUCACAGGCAUAUGUCCCCAGUGGUCCGUACUUUCUCUGCGGCAAUGAGGUUUUCCAAGCUUGGAAGCUCUAUGUAGACCGCUCCUCAUGCUUCCAGACUACUGUGCUACCUACGCAAUACCCCUAUCGCUUCAAGAAUCUGGACUCCAUAGGCCCAAAUGGUACCGGAAAGUCUGUCGCCGUUCCAAGCCGCCUAUACGCCCAGCCAUCUGCGGCCAAACCCCUUGAUGGUGUUCGAGUUGGCAUCAAAGACAACUUUCAGCUAGCUGGGACCAAGAGCUCUUUAGGAAACCGCUCUUUCCUCGCCACGUACGAUGAGGACAAGGACACGGCUUCGUUCAUCAAGACACUCAUCGAUCUCGGUGUUGUGAUCGUGGGCAAAACCAAGAUGGCUGCUUUCGCAAGUGGUGAGAAGCCGUGCGAUUGGUUUGAUUUCCAAUGUCCGUUCAAUCCUCGUGGGGAUGCCCAUCUGGAACCCGGCGCGAGCUCUACUGGGUCGGCCGCAGCCACGGCUGCCUACAACUGGAUGGAUAUGUGCAUUGGGACCGAUAGUAUGCACUUCACUCCGCCUUUUGAACCUCUUGAUACGGUGGGAUACUUGAGCAGAAAUUUGGAAGUUUUGCAACAGUUCUCUCGGCGCACUCUGAAGUCUACAAUCAAGGAAUCCAAGAAGUUCCCACGCAGCAUUCUCUAUCCUACGGACUUCUUUCCCCAAACCGAUCCGGUACAGCAGGGGUUGAGGGACAAAUUCGUGAGCAUUCUAGAAGACUUCCUCGGCGUUAAGAAGACUAGCUUCAGUAUUGCGGAGCGGUGGGCUGGAAAUCCACCGAAGGAAGCUGAGGGCAAAUCCCUUGCUGAAUUUGCGUCCAAGUCUGGGUACACCCUUUUCUACCAUGACAUCUAUCAUGAAUACGACUCCUUUCGGGAUGACCACCUCACAAAAUUCGGCAGCCAAGCCUACGUUUCACCCAGCAUGCAAUGGAGGUGGGACCGCGGCGCUGAAGUGACUACGCCUGACUUGGAAAAAUCGCAUGAGGAGCUCAAGGUACUCCAGGAGUGGUUUAUUGAAGAAGUCCUCCGGCCCGACGAAAUCUCAGGCACCACUUCCAUCCUCGUUUUGCCAGUCGGCCCAGAGAAGCCCGACUAUCGCGACCUCUUCAUUUUGCCGGCGCCAAGAGUUGGUAUCGAUGCCCUAGGCCUUGCAGCAUUUCUCAGAUUACCUCAGCUUGUUAUACCAGUCGGCCAAAUCGAGUAUAAUUCUCGUGUUUCAGCAAGGAAGGAGAGCUUUCCUUAUUGCUGCUCAAUUGCCGGCGCACACGGUUAG